UAUUCACAUCAAUGGCGGAGCUUCAUUAUCUCUGCUGACAUAAAAGAAUCUGCGAUUCCGAGUCCUCUGAUUCAACAUUCUCCAUUAAAAAAAAGAAAUCCCCUGAAUACAUACACGUGCCGAACCCACAAUUUUUCUCAAUGAAGUUCGUCGGUGCGGAAUGUUCAUCUUCUGAUUGUUCGUCUCAGGAGCAACAAUGGAAUUUAUUUGAUCGAUUUCCAUCACCGUUCGUUUUUCUAGUGGUGGUUGCUGAAAAUUUGAGAGAGGAGCGAGGACAAAAGGGUCUUUUCGCCUGUGAUGGCGAAGGACGAAGGCGGUGGACGCUGCGUGUUUCCUUUGACAAGUUUGCAGAUUGGGGAUUUGCAGUCGUACCUUUCACAUCUUAGCCUAUUUCUAGCAUCGGAAAGUGGGAAGUUCUACAUAUUAGUCGACAACAGACCAUGGUUAAAAGAUCUCGUAUCAAGAUCUACGCAUUGGUGGCAGUUGAUGGUCACUAAGUCCAGGUUGUCCCCAUUUGCAAACACUAGAGGCAGAAAGGAGAAAACAACAAUGGAAGAACUAUCGGAUUUACAGGCUUCGUGCUCAACCGAUGCAAGAAAAUCGAGCACGUUCAGAAAGCUAUUCUACUUUAUCGACGCUGUGAUGCUGUCAAGAAACAGGGCUUUGCUGCCCGUAAAAAGGCUUAGGAAUUCUUUGAUUGCAAACAGCAAAUUGCACAGAACUUUGUACGGUUUUAUCGUGUUUGAGGUUGCAUGGAGUGAUGUACGGGGUAUCAGCUAUUUCAACGAGCUGCAGACUGAUACAUCACUUGCUAUCGAGGCGAAAAUAAUGCGAAGGUGGGAAUUUGACUGUAUAUCACAAGCUGCCAGGAGCAUCUCUUCGUGGUAUCCAGGGACAUUCAACGAACAGAUUCUCUUGAAAGAACAUUUGGACACCUCAUUAGGGGAGAUUUACCACGACGCUCAAGAAAAUCUUCACGAGGCUGACAUCAUCACCGAUGACAUAAUCACCGAAGAAAACAUAUGUAAUAACGAAGCCGUUGAACAAUUUCUGCUGACUUCCAACGCGAGCAACUCUGAAGAAACGCUCGAAGCCACUCUCUACAGAGACGUACUCAUUUUAUUCCGAUUCAACGACCACGAUCUCCCCUUUAAAUUAAAGGAAAUAAUCAUGUCCAAAUUAUGGCUACUCACUCUACUCGAAGCUGGCUUACCAUCUUGGGUUAUUUUCCUACAGUCUUACCCUGGAUUUUCCCGUCUUUAUAAACCAUGGAUGUGCCCUCUUGCAAGAGCUUCGUAUGUCCUAAUUUCAGUUAUAACUGUCUUAAUCGGAUUCUACGACUUGUACAAAAACGUACCUCUUCUUAAGGUGACACUGUCGAAUCUAUUUGGGCCUCUAUUCGAAUGGAUCGAAGCUUGGGAAAUGAUUUCGAGGAUCAAGUAUUUGGGUACGAUGUUGUUUCUUCACAACUGUCAGAAGGCGGUGAGGUGGUUCCUUAGCGUGACAAGAACGGUUGUCUCGAUCGUUUCGUUUUCAGUGGGGCCCAUUUUGAGGCCUUUGAGUGAGUUCUUGGAUUGCUUUUUUCCGGCUUGGAGCGCGUUUCUGCGAAUAGCGGAGAGUUCGUUUUCGGCGAUUGGGGACAUUUUGGAGAUUUUAAUUCUCCCGGUUUGGUAUGUUGUGGUCGUAGCUUGGAAUGUUGCGACAUCUUUCGUAUACCCUGUACUGUGGGUUGUUCUUUACACUCCGUUUCGGCUGCUCCAUGGAUUUUGUAGCAUUACAUCUUUCUUGUGUGCAUUUAUAUACGAUCUUGGCGGAGAUGUAUGGGUAUCGGCAAAAAGCAUCUUUCAGUUGGCAAAAAGUGUCGACUCAACAGUGGCAGUUAGCACGUACGAGGUUUCGAUGUGGCGUUCUCUUUGGGAUGAUCUUUUCUCUCACGUUUUUCGAGCCCUUCGAAGUAUUCUUAAUGGUUUUGUGGCAUUUUUCAUUGCCUGCAAUAGACACCGUCUUAGUAUCUAUAAUCAUGCGGAGGAGUUCACACGAAGAUCAUUACAAGCUACCAAGAAUGCGCGGCGGCGUAGAGAAAUUAGUCAUAAUGGAGACAAUAAUAAUUGCAAGAGUUUGGAAAGAGUUCCAUCAACAGAUAAAGAUCAUGAAGAUUAAGUCACAUCCAUGCAAAGGUAAUUUAGAGAAAACUAUGUAAUAUUUGGUUACUUGAUCGGCAAGAAACGGGAAAAUAUUUCAUUACGUGAACGACAAGUAACGCAAUUAUAUGAACUUAAAAGCGGGUACAAGGUUGUGCUAAAUCGAAUGGAUCGAGUGAUUUUUUGUAAUUUAUUUUCUUGAUUUAUUGAAGGAUAAAAUCCAUAUAAAAUAUAUUUAUUGUUUAUUAAAUUGCUAAACAGAUUACAAUCUAAGAAUCUCAGGCCUGCAGAUGAGGCACACUUAUUU